AGAAGCAUCCAUUCCGAUAUUCCAUCGAUCGAUCACGUCGCAAACACACACAGUACACACGCAAGCUACCUAGCGAUAGCAAUGGCGGCGGCGGCGAGAUGGUGGGUGGCGGCGGUGGUGGUGGCGGUGGCGGCGAUGGCGGGGGCGGCGAAGGGGGACUUCGCGGCGGACAAGGCGGAGUGCGCGGACAAGCUGAUGGCGCUGGCGACGUGCCUGACGUACGUGGAGGAGAAGGCGACGGCGAGGGCGCCGACGAGGGAUUGCUGCGCCGGGCUUGGGCAGGUGGUCGCCGGCAGCAAGAAGUGCCUGUGCGUGCUCGUCAAGGACCGCGACGAGCCGGCGCUGGGCUUCCGCAUCAACGUCACCCGCGCCAUGGACCUCCCCUCCGGCUGCUCCAUCGCCGCCACCUUCUCCGACUGCCCAAAGAUGCUGAACAUGUCGCCUGACUCCAAGGAGGCAGAGAUCUUCAAGCAGUACGCGAGGGAGCACGAGUCCAACAACGCCACCAAGCCUGCUCCUGCUGCCGCUGCUGCUGCCACCGGUAGCGCUGGCAAGGCGACGGCGGCGACCGGCGACGCCGGCGUGGGGCGGCGGCAACGCAGCUCGCUCGCCGCGCGUGCCGUGGCCGCGGCGGUGCUCGCCGCCGUAUUCGGCCUCACCGUCGCCUGACCCAACCCCCGGGGGAAGAUUUGACGGAUCAGCAAGAGACGGAGGAGGGGGGGGGGGGGGGGGGGGGAUAGAUCGAUCCGACCGUACGUCUUGCUUUGAGAUCCGUGCUGACGAGUGACGACCGUGCACCACAACCGCCGGCAAGGCCAGGACGACCCAGGUGUUGGAGGGCUUUCCUUUCCAGGCUGGGGGCUCUUUAAAUGUGACCAAGCAGAGAUUAUUAUUGAUUGUUUGUUUAGUUGCCUGUCUCAUCUUAUAUUUAAUCGAUGCUGGAAGCUUAGCUUGGCGUCGACCGUCGAGUUUGUACUGUCAGUUUCAUUUUUUUAAAAGAACUUUUGUCAGUUUGUCGUGGGUUAUGUUCAAGAGAUUGGAAGGGUGUGUAAUAGAAGUUGAUCGUGUGUCCUUUUUGAGAACUUCUCUUUGAUGGUAACAUGUUAAGCGUUUGAAGAAAUUCUAGUAGCGUUUGAAGCAGACCA